GAGAGUGUGUGUGUUUGUUUACCAGUCUAAAGACAAACAGUAGUAAACUUUGAGCGAUGCACAGCUGUCAGCUCGGAGGAAUAAUCCGCAUAUUGGCAUAGAAACCAUGGAGGGACGCUAACCUUAGAGCUAGCUGCGGCUAACGUUAGCUACUCCAGGUUAUGGCAUAAAAAAAAAAAACGGAGCUACCAGCCAUCCUAACGGUCUGCCCACCCAAACCUUAGAGACUAAGGUCGAGUGGAUGCAUCCACGGACCAUGUGACACUACACCUCUUUAAAUGGGAUGCAGGAUCGGCUGUAGAGGAUAUUUCAUUUGCCUCCCGGAAAAACCACUUUGGACUGUUUGUUGCCUAAACUGGUGCAUCAAUGAACGAAGAACCUCUCGAGAGCCCAGUCUCUGGCAGAGAGCCUAUGGAAGAAGAUGUGGGACAAAGCACAGAGAAGAAAAGCAGCAGAGCAGAAAACACCUCUGAGGCAGCACCAGCUCAGGAGGAGCCCUUGGCACCCUCAGACAGUCUCGAUACAAAGGGAAGCCCAAGCUCAGAUCCAGUACAGGAGAACCCAGAGGGGGCGAAGGAGGAUGAUAAGGCCGCUAGUGGUGAGCCUCCCGUUGACUGGUUUGAGCCCCUUGAGGAGGAUGAUGAUGAUGCCAAUAGUGUUGGUAGGAAUGAUCCCGAAGAAGAAAGCCUGGCAGGAGAAAGUGAAAGGAGUGAGAGCGUGGCGGGCAGCGAGAUGGCCUUAAAAAAGAUUUAUCAGUUUCACGUUCCCCGCCGUAAGCGAUCUCAUCCCGAUGAAGGAUGGGUUGAAUGGCCAUUACUCGGAGACGGUUGGAAACGCAAAGAAGUUGUUCGGCGCUCAGGUUCUAGCAUUGGACAGAAAGAUGUAUAUUACAUGAGCUCUUUGCAGUUGUUUCUUUUCUUCCUCUGCAGUCCACGAGGGGAUCGAUUAAGAAGCCGAGUAGAACUGGCUUCAGUGCUAGAGGGGCUUAUUGACUUGUCAACCUUCGAAUACAAGACAGGAAAGUUCUACGAGGGCGAAGCACAACCCAUAAGGGUUCGAAACCGAGUGAAGAGAAAGGUCCGGGAGCGUUCUUCCUCAGAGUCCAGCUGGAUGGACAGAGGAGAGGGGGCUGACACUCCAGACUCCCACCACAGGCUCACCCCCAAUCAGGGACCCAAAAACCUUCACUCCAACCAGACUAGUUUCUCCUCACAUAAUACAACAGGAACUCCAAACCAAGGCUCUCGCAAUGAGACUCUACCAGCGGAAGAUAAAAUUAAACUUCCUCUUCCCUCAUCAUCCUCCAGACCCAUCCCGCUCCCCUCUAUAAACGGAGAAAUAGGGUCAGAAGACAGCACUCUGAUCUGUGCCAAAUGUGGUAUUUCCUUCACAGGCACAUGGUAUGACAAACAGAGGAAGAGGCCCUGCUGUCCCACCUGUUGGGCUGCGUCAAAGACAAAAGAGCAUCCGAUGAUUCGUUUCAGAAAGUGGAUUCCUUGUGGACAGUGUGUUGGAUGCCACAACACGGUGAACUGUGGACAGUGUGCCAACUGUAAGCAUGGACUCCAGAGCCCCGAGUCCAGGAAACGCAUAUGCCGAAAACGCAAGUGUAUAUGUCCUAUUCGUAAGGGCCCUGGAAGUGGAGGCUUCCUGCAGCAGAGGCCUUAUAAUGACAUUCCUGAAACAUUUGAUGACAGUAUGAGCUUCCAGAGUGAAGUUGCAGACUCGCAGCAUCCGAGUCUCAAAAGCAGUGACACGGAGAACUUCUCAGUCAACGUGGAUGUUGACGAUGAAGAAGACAUGUCAACUGACGAUGAUGAUGAUUGGCAUAAGAAGCGGAAGCGGCGAUCCUGUGGAGAAUGUAAAGCCUGUCUCUGCAGGAAAGACUGCGGCACAUGUGAUUUCUGUAUAGACAAACCCAAAUUUGGAGGCAGCAACAAGAAGAGGCAGAAGUGUCGACUACGCCAGUGCCAGCGACAGGCAAUGAGACACUUGCUGCCUUUCCAGAUGGGACAAGGUGAAUUUGGGCCAGAUGGCCCUGCACUACCAGGCAGACCUAGACCUCACUACACAUACAGUCGAAAGUCUAAUUUCAAGAAAGGCAAAGCUCUGCAGUUUGGCUUGGACUUCACAGACAAUGAAGAUGAUGACAGUAACCUACAAGCACAGUUUAAUCAUUUUGAUUUCGGACAGCGGAACGGACUACCUGACAGAGUCCCUCAUAUCAGCAACCACAACAGCUCUGAACUGGACCAGCUAAGCAGAUGGGAUGCAAAGAGAUCACUCGCAGGCAGAGAUGGUCAACGGCAUGUUGAUGAAGACGACGAAGAGGAAGACGAGUUGCCCAUGAUCACACAGAUCUUCAGUUUGGCUGAUAACUCUGCUGGGAGCGGUGUGGACAUUGAAAACCAGCUAAUGAAGCUGUUACAGUCUUUGCGCUCCUCUGUACUGCCAAUCCUAUGGUACGCCAUAAUGGUGGAGGGCCCGCAGCUGCAGCUCAUCCAGUGUUCUAAACAGUCCAACAUGACCGACACCACGGUGCUAAUCGACCCGGGCUUCUGCUAUCAGGUCACCGUCCAAAAGCAGCCGCUGCUCCCCACCCACCCACUGUAUGACAAGCACCCAGGGCGAUUAAGCUCGGUGACUGAAGUGGUCGAUCUGCUUUUGGGCCUGGAGAAGUACAUGGUGUGCCAGGGACUGCCCCCUAAAGAGCCAUUGUGUAAUAAAGACCCACUCAUGCUGGAGCGGGCGUCAACGUGUGAUUUCUUGGUUAAGAGGAAAGUGAGCAUCUGUACUAACUGCAGAGCGCUGCAAGGACUUUAACAUUAGUAGAGACAGAAGGUGAUCUGUGACCACAGUGGAGAUUUGUUCUCUGGUGCAUCUUUGUGCCAUUUUGUUCUUUUUGUUUUUAUUUUGGUGAUACUACAUGAUUUACCUCUGGACUGUAAUAGUAUGAUUUGUUUUUUUGAAGACUCACCAAAGGCAUUCCAGGAGCUGUGACGUUAUAAUCCAGGCAAAUUUCUUCUCAGAUGUCUUCUGUUAUUUUGGUUUAGGGCUCUUCUUCACGACUGUUAUGUCAGAGUUUGGAAAGUGUGAUGGGUAGAGCUGUUUGUGGAUUCACACUCUUACUUGAGGAAUCUGUAACCCCAACCCCCUCAUCGUUAUUGCACUUUUGAGUGGUCGUUCUUUUUCUCUCAGCCCAAAAAUGAAAGUGAAAUUACGAGCUGUUCACCCUCUUCUUCUUCUAACCAGCACUAUUGUAGCCCAUGUUAUGGUUUUUUGGACAAAAUGAACAUGUCCAUGUCCAUCAAUAAUAAUACCAACUGACAUUAUUGUGUAUGACAGUAUGUGCAGUGGAAAAAGAGACUGAAAUAUACUAGCCUCUGAUUUCAUUGGAUUGAUUACAGUGUUUAUGAAAAAUGUAUUCAACCCCUGUUGAUUUUGCUUUUUGAGUUGAAUCCCAGUGGAUGAAAAAAGGAGGAAAAGAAACCUCUACAAAAUGACCAACAUAAGCACAAAUAUAACAGUUGAGUGAGUGCCUGUAAUUAUUCCCUUCCUAUGACACACCUAAAUCAUUAGUUUUAAAAGUCCCAAAGUGUCAACUGCGUUACCUGAAAGCACCAGUUGAGAGGGAGGGAGAAAGUUACUAGAACAUCUCCGGGACACUGAAUAUCCAAUGGAGCCUAAAGGUCAAACGUGAUGACCUACGUGGCUCCAUGGCUGAGUUGGGAGACGGCAUUCAGACAACAACUGUUGCUUCAACAGUUGCAGCUUUAUGUCGGAGAGGCAUAGAGACAUCUGAUUGCCAGUAGACUUGUGGGAGACUGAAACCGAGUUAAUGAAGGUUCUGUUGUCAGGUGGGCUUAAAAACAGCACUGCUAUUGUCUUGGAGUCCAGACAUCAGAUCUCUUUGACAUUCAUUGCAAGAGUAAGUACCUCUUAAAAGAAAGUGCUAGUGUUAAUAUUGGCUCGACGGUUGUUUGUAUAUUUGAAAUAAUUUAGAUCAAAUUGAUAUGAGUCCUUUCUCAGAUUAUUUAUCCUCAUUACAUCCACUUUGGCCCAGUGUUUAAAAAGGCAUAUAAAUGGGUGGGACACUUUUUAAGAGCACUGUAAUCACAAUGCAUUAAAGCUAUUAUGUUUCCACAUUUUAAAACAAAUAAGUAAGGGCAGAACAAACAGCUGGAAACCCGAGGAAGAGAUCAGGAUCGUUCCCACAUUCAUCAUCAUUUUUGGGCUGUGGCAGAUACUUUUGCACGUUAGAAGACACACGUUGGUUUUGGCUGGCAGAUUUCAACACCUGAAAUAUGCUGAAAUUUCUACUGAGAUCACACACUUCCUUUAGCAUAUGCUUGUAGAAUGUAUUUUCCAGAAUAAUGUCCUCAAAUGAAACUGGCAGUGCAGCCAAACCUCUUACAGAUGAUGAUAUGCUGUAUUUAUUAUGGUGUGUUAAACCUCUUUAAACCCUAUCCUUCCAUUUCUGUUCUUGACUAAUUUGAUGAUUGGCAUUUAAUAUUGUAUUUUUAACCAUUUGGUUGUUUGAAUUGUAUAAUAAUUUGAAAUAAAAUAUGAAUAAAUGAAAUGUUUCUCCUGCUCCCCUCUCCAUUUGGAUAUUGAUGGAGUAACUCAAUGAAUUCAACAAUGUGAAACUUUAUGCAUUCUUAACACUGUCAGAUUUAUUUUUGGUAUCUUGGUUUCCUCAAGUAAUUGUGCAGAUGAAAUGUUUGGGAUCAAUUAAUUGUUCUUAAAAAAGAUAUUGUUAUUUAGUCUUUGAAUUAAAACAUAUAUAAAGAAUUGAAACAGAAGUUUUCCACAUUUCCUGUCUGUGUCUUUCUGAAGGCAGUGUGCAAAUAAACUUUUCUUGCUGA